AACUGACAGUCGUAAUCGCUGACAAAUUGGGAACAGGUGGCACCAAUCCGGGAAACUCUUCCUCGCGAGAGGACUCAAUGGGAAAUUAAAGCAUUCGGUAAAUCCCUUCCUGUUUGAUCGAGCGAACAGGCGAUUUCUAUCGGAUUUUUACCGCAUCGGACGUUAGUUCCAUUUUUUUGAGCGCUUGAGGAGUCUUUGGUAAUAGACCUGAGUGAUUGAGAGAUCAUCAAAUAUGGUGGUUGACACUGGAACCGUCCGUCUGGUCAUUUUCAUCGGAAUGUUUUUGGUCUUCGCUGGGGAUUACACAACUCUCAUAAAUUCGGUUUUCGGGAAUGGAAUGGUAUCAGGGAAUUCCACAUUUGUGGGUCUUCAGGAGGCUAAAGAUGGGCAUGCUGAGAGGCUGGCCAUGAUGGCAGGCGUGAGGGAUGACGCCGAAGAUAGUGCAACGAGAAAAGCGAAGAUGAUGGCAACAAUAAAAAAUGCGUGUUUACCGAAAUUAAUCUGCGAAUUAACGUCUUCGCCCUAUCAAGAUCAGCUGAGCGAAAUGGAGAAGUCACUGUUGAAUUUAAUCAGAGACACAAGCCUAACAACAAUGGCGGAAGUGGCCUCCAGAUAUCAUUUCGCAGCGCAUAUGGGUCAACUAAUCGCCGGAAUCGAGGGUCAAGGUUGUCACAACUUUUAUCCAACUUGUCCUCUACCCCGUUCCAGUGUACUCAAUAUGAUGAAGAAGAUCAGAUUGCGUUGAAUUGUCAUGAAUCCGAAUAUGUCGACCAUUAAAUCACAACUGUUAUUAUCAAUUUCAAGUGAUUCAGGAGAAUAACGAGUGAGCCUCGAGAAUUGCUUGACGUAUCUGUGAUAUCAUGCGAGAUGCUAUCCAAUCGGAAAUCGAAGGAUUGAAGGACCGCAGCGAGGUUCAGUCUCCAUUUUGUUGAAAAAAAAUUAAUUAAGGAGAAUGGUGUCGAGGUUUAUGUCUGCACGCACGAAAAAAAUUCGUAGAAAAACUUUUUCUAUUGAUUUCUAUUGAAUAUUAUUGAGAAUUCUAUUAGUU